AUGGAGGAGGUUGAGAACUAUCAAGAAGAGUUUGGUAUAACGAUCAUAUAUUCAAAAGAGGAUGAGCCUCUUGGAACAGCAGGGCCCUUGGCCCUGGCAAUGUCUCAUUUGGAAGGUACUAGUUUUUUUGUCUUGAAUAGUGAUAUUGCCUGUAAUGUUGACUUAAAUGAAAUGAAGGAUGAUUUUAUGAGGAGUCAUGCGAUAGGCAUAAUACUGACAUACGAGGUUGAGGACCCCACCAGAUACGGUCUGAUCAUGACCGAGGGAAACCAAAUAAAGUCCUUCAUGGAGAAGCCAAAAAAAAUAGAGGGUUCUGGGCCUUGGCUUAUUAAUGCUGGCAUUUAUGUGCUUUCGCACGAGGUGCUUCGAUACAUCGAACUCAGAGAAAUGUCAAUCGAGAAGGAGGUGUUUCCUAAGUUGGCAGAGGCCGGAGUGCUUCACGCUUUUAAGUUUGAAGGAUAUUGGAUGGAUAUUGGCCAACCUGUUGAUUAUUUAAAAGGGCAACAAUUGGCCAUAGAAAACAUGGAAACUGACGACAUGCUUCUGAAUGAGAUUGGAGCGACGCCAGUUAGCCAGGGUGCUCAGUAUGAGCCUAGUGAAAAGCCCAACGGCAACGUUAAUAAAGGAUACAUUGACAGAAAGAACAACGUGGUGAUUGGAAGAAACGUUAAGAUAGGCUCAAACGUGAAUCUAAAAGAUUGUACGCUCUUUGAAAAUACCGUUGUCGAGAAUAAUGUAACCGUUGAAAACUCGAUUGUUGGAUGGGGCUCGCGUCUUCAGAAAAAUUGUAAAAUCUUGGAUUUUUGUGUUCUAGGUGAGGGAACGAUAGUCCAAGAAGGAAGUUGCCUGAAGGGGUGUCGUACUGAACCCAAUUCAAAAUUUGAAUAA